CAGCAGCCCGCGCGCUGGCGCCUCGCUCUCCGCAGCUCGCCAUCCAGACGCACGCGAGGCGCUGUCCUUUCAGCACCACAAGCUCGGCUGAGGAGGCAGGACUCCUGGCCGUCCUCCUCCUCGUCAUCCUGGUUUGAAUCUGCUCUGACCCCCGAGAGUGCUGCACGGUCUGGUCUGGGAAGAAAGGCGUCAGAAUGGUGAAGCUGAACAGUAACCCCAGUGAGAAGGGAGCCAAACCACCUUCGGUUGAGGAUGGCUUCCAGACCGUCCCUCUCAUCACUCCCCUGGAGGUUAAUCACUUACAGCUCCCUGCUCCGGAAAAGGUGAUUGUGAAGACAAGAACAGAAUAUCAGCCUGAACAGAAGAACAAAGGGAAGUUCCGGGUGCCGAAAAUUGCUGAAUUUACGGUCACCAUCCUCGUCAGCCUGGCCCUAGCUUUCCUUGCCUGCAUCGUGUUCCUGGUGGUUUACAAAGCCUUCACUUAUGACCACAGCUGCCCAGAGGGGUUUGUCUACAAGCACAAGCGCUGUAUCCCGGCCUCCCUGGAUGCUUACUACUCAUCCCAGGAUCCCAGCUCCAGAAGCCGCUUCUACACGGUCAUCAGCCACUACAGCGUGGCCAAGCAGAGCACCGCCCGGGCCAUCGGGCCGUGGCUGUCAGCAGCUGCCGUCAUCCAUGAGCCCAAGCCGCCCAAGACCCAGGGCCAUUAGAGGCCCCCGCCCAGCCAGCAUGGGGAGUGGGGAGGGGAACCCUGCUGGCUAAGCCGAGCUCCAGUUACAAGACAACACUGUACU